AUGAAUACUUUAGGACCCCCACAGCCUACUGAUGAGGUGUCUGUUCCAGGUACCAGUAAGCAAACCAAGCCCAUCCUGAAGAUUUCACUUGUUGUACUUCUAUAUAUUAUAACCAACUAUAUAAAUGGAAUUCUCAGCAGUUUUUUUAAACACCAUAUAUUUCAUAAGAACUCUCGGUACAUUUUGUUUAUCCACCUGGUGUUUAAUGAUGUAUUGGAAAUCAGUGUUGCAAUCAUCAUGCACAUCUCACUUGAGACUGUCCAUAUUAUGCCAGUGCCACUCUGCUACUUUUUAAUGACAAUUGCAAUUACUACAACCUACAACACUCCUCUGAAUCUGGCCCUGAUGGCUCUCGAAUGCUACAUUGCUAUCUGCAAACCACUGCAUCACCCAAACAUCUGCACAGUGCGCGGAAUGUACAUUACUCUCAACAUAAUGUGGCUGAUCAAUUUUCUUUCUCCAGCAUCAAAUGUUAUAAUUGUCAUUAAUGUAGAGUUUGUGAACUUCUUUAACGCUAAAAUCAUAUGCGACAAUGACAGUUUUCUUCGGACUUAUUCUCAGUCUGUUAAAAGGAAUUACAUGAACAUUACAUAUUUUGCAGUAGCUUGGUUCACAAUGGCUUACACAUACAUUCAUAAUGUCAUUGCAGCACGAUCAGCCAGUCGCUCUGAGAAAUCUUCUGCUAAGAAGGUCUACAAUACAGUACUGAUACAUGCCAUCCAGCUCACUCUGAGUUCACUCAUGUUCAUCAUUCCCCUAGUCAAUAAUCUUUGGCUGUACUUUCAAAGUCAAGAUCCAGAAGAUAUACAAUAUUUCACAUAUGUAUUAAUAAUUUUGUUUCCACGUCUUUUGAGUCCCCUCAUUUAUGGGGUAAGGGAGGAAAACUUCAAAAAAUAUCUCAAACUCUAUGUGAAGGUUUGUGCUUUUGUAAAAGGAGACCCAUCUAGCUAA